CGUGAAGGAAAGUUCGACAAAGCCAAGGUGACAUUGUUUUUAUGCUUAAGGUUCGAUUAAGAAAUCGAUGGAGGGAUUGGCUGUGGAAAGUUCUUGGAUUGGGACAAGGGAUUAUAGUUCUCAGUUGAUUGUGCCUUGUGCCCGAUGUUUUGGAAUUUGUGAAUAGGUUUGAAGGUGGUAUUGAUGGGAUUAAGAAGAGGAAUCAUGAAGCUGUUAUUGAGAUGGGAGAGAUGCUGGCUAAGGCUUGGGGGACUCAUCUUGGGAGUCCUUCACAUAUGUGUGCUAGCAUGAUUAUGGUUGUUUUGCCUGCAUGUUUGGGGAUUCAUAGUGAUUCUGAUGCUCUGAAGUUAAGGACACAUUUUAGGGAUGUUUUUGCAGUUGAAGUUCCUAUCUACUAUAGACCACAAAGAGAUGGAGAAGUGGAGCCUGUGACAGUGUAUGCUCGGAUUUCUCAUCAUGUUUACAACAAAGUCGAGGAUUAUUACAAGUUUAGGAAUGCUGUUAACCAACUCGUGGAUAAUGGGUUUGCUUGUACUCUUCUUUCCUACUGAAAAGGUUUGCUCACAUUCCUUUUUGACGAUACUUCUAAUUUUGCAAUAAUUAUAUGAUGAUAUGAAUUUUGUUUUGCUUUGAUAACCGACAACGAUUAGGUUGGUGAUUGUGUCUUAAUUUGGCGCCACACCCCCUUAAAAUGUUCUUACGCAUGCAAGGGUUUAGGCGGAUGAUCACUAAGUGUCAUUUUCCUUGCAAACUUAUAACUUAUUGUUGCUCUGUUACAUGCAAUAGCGGUUUCUUGUUACAUGCAUAGCGGUUUCUUGUGUAAAAUACUUGUCAGGAAUAUUAAAUAUUUUAAAUUUGAGUUUUAUAACUUAUAUUAGCGGUUUCUUGUAACAUGCAUCGCGGUUUCUUGUUACAUGCAUAGCGGUUUCCUGUUACAUGCAUAGCGAUUUCUUGUGUAAAAUACUUGUCAGGAAUAUUAAAUGAUUUAAAUUUGAGUUUCAUAACUUAUAUUAGCGGUUUCCUGUUACAUGCAUAGCGGUUUCUUGUGUAAAAUACUUGUCAGGAAUAUUAAAUGAUUUAAAUUUGAGUUUCAUAACUUAUAUUAGCGGUUUCUUGUUUCAUGCAUAACGGUUUUUAGUUACAUGAAUAGCGGUUUCCUGUUACAUGCAUAGCGGUUUCUUGUGUAAAAUACUUGUCAGGAAUAUUAAAUGAUUUAAAUUUGAGUUUUAUAACUUAUAUUAGCGGUUUCUUGUUUCAUGCGUAACGGUUUUUAGUUACAUGAAUAGCGGUUUCUUGUUACAUGCAUAGUGGUUUCUUGUGUAAAAUACUUGUCAGGAAUAUUAAAUGAUUUAAAUUUGAGUUUUAUAACUUAUAUUAGCGGUUUCUUGUUUCAUGCGUAACGGUUUUCAAUUACAUGAAUAGCGGUUUCUUGUUACAUGCAUAGCGGUUUCUUGUGUAAACUACUUGUCAGGAAUAUUAAAUGAUUUAAAUUUGAGUUUUAUAACUUAUAUUAGCGGUUUCUUGUUACAUGCAUAACGAUUUCCUGUUACAUGCAUAGCGAUUUCUUGUUACAUGCAUAGCGGUUUCUUGUGUAAAAUACUUGUCACGAAUAUUAAAUAAUUUAAAUUUGAGUUUUAUAACUUAUAUUAGCAGUUUCCUCUUACAUGCAUAGCGGUUUCUUGUUACAUGCAUAGCGGUUUCUUGUGUAAAAUACUUGUCAGGAAUACUAAAUGAUUUAAAUUUGAGUUUUAUAACUUAUAUUAGCAAUUUCCUGUUAUAUGCAUAGCGGUUUCUUGUUACAUGCAUAGCGGUUUCUUGUGUAAAAUACUUGUCAGGAUUAUUAAAUGAUUUAAAUUCGAGUUUUAUAACUUCUAUUAGUUACUUGCUUUGGUGUUGUUAAAUUUUGAUUACGAUAUUUGUCGUGACUCUCUGAUCGUGUCGUUUUGUUGUUCUCCUGGCUGGUGAUCAUUUAGCGCCGUUUUCUAUGCAAAUUGACAACUUAUUGUCGUUCUAUGCAUGUCUAUUAAAACCAGAAACCAAUACAUGUCAGAAAUAUUAAAUGAUUUAAAUUUGAAUCUUAUAAGUUGUAUUAAUUACUUGCCUUUGGUGUUGUUAAAUUUUGAUUACGAUGUUUCUCGCGACCCUCUGAUCGUGUCGUUUUGUUGUUCUCCGUUUGUGUGAUCAUUUAGCGUCGUUUUGAUUACUUGCCUUUGGUGUUGUUCUCCUUGCUAGUGAUAAUUUAUUGUUGUGUUCUAUGCAUGUCUUUUGAAACCAAUCUCCGUGUAAAUACUUGUCAGAAAUUUUAAAUGACUUAAAAGUUGAAUUUUAUAAGUUGUAUUAGUUACAUUCCUUUAGUUUUGUUGAAUUUUAAUUAUAAUAUUUGACGCUAACCCGUGAUCAUGCCAUUUUGUUGUUCUACUGCCCGGUGAUCACUUAGCGUUGUUGUAUUUUCAAACUGAAUUUUUUUAAUAACUGAUAGCUUACUAUUGUAAUAUGCAUGUUUAUUGAAACCGGUACACGGGCAAAUUACUUGUCAGGACAAUUUAAUGAUUCAAAUUUGAAUUUGUAAGUGCUAUUAAUCAGUGUUUUGAAAUAGCGGCGCCAUGGCAGAUAUACAUGGCGGUUUUUGGGCUUGCCGCAAUGGUAAAUAUCGGUGAGUAUUGGGGUUUUUCCGCCAUAAUCUGAUAUAACGGCGUCGCAAAGCGGGCAGUUAGUUGUAAUUUUGGCUGUCCGUCAGCCAUACGCCAUCGACAACACUGCUAUUAAUUACUUUCCUUUACUGUUUGUUGAAUCUUGAUUAUGAGGUUUGUUGUGAAUCUGCGAUCAUGUCGUUUUGUUGCUCUUACCUAACCCUGUUUUCUUUUCAAUCUGAUAAGCUAUUGUAGUUACAUGCAUUUCUGUUGAAAUCAAUAAAUACUUGUCCAGAUUUUUUUGAUAUACUACAAUGGUACUGUAACUAACUGAAGGCGUGUUUCGUAAAUGAGGAUAACAUUUAUGUGCUUAACCCACUUGUCCAGAUUUCCUAACCGGACUCCACUUUAAAAUCGCACCGCACUCACUUCCUCACUCCCUCACUCCCUCUAAACCAUUCUCACCCCCUCUUUCUCUUUUUCAACAAUUCUCAACCGUUUAAUCAUUUCCUUCUCAAUGGCUUUCAACAAUCACCACCACCCUAACGGCUCUCACCCCACUCCCAAAAAACCUAAACUCUCCUCCUCCGCCAUAACCGUUUCCGAAAUUGAAUCCGAAUUCUCCCACCACGACGCCGCCGUUGCUCGCAUCAACAACGGCAGUUUCGGCUCCUGUCCUUCCUCCGUCAUCUCCGCUCAACACAAAUGGCAGCUCGAGUACCUCCGUCAUCCUGAUCACUUCUACUUCAACCACCUCAAACCUGCAAUCGACAAUUCGCGUUCAAUUAUCAAAGACUUAGUCAACGCGGAACAUCUUGACGAAAUCUCUAUUGUCGAUAACGCCACCACUGCUGCUGCUAUUGUUCUUCAACAUACUGCAUGGUGUUUCCGCGAAGGGAAGUUCGAGAAAGGUGACAUUGUUGUUAUGCUUCAUUAUGCUUAUGGCUCUGUUAAGAAAUCAAUGGAGGCGUAUGUUACUCGUGCUGGUGGAAAAGUGAUUGAAGUUCAGCUUCCAUUUCCGGUCUCUUCUAACGAACAGAUUGUUACUGAGUUUAGAAAGGCUUUGGAGAUGGGAAAAACUGACGGGAAAAAGGUAAGGUUAGCUGUGAUUGAUCAUGUGACUUCUAUGCCUUGUGUUGUGAUUCCUGUUAAGGAGAUGAUUCAGAUUUGCAGAGAGGAAAGUGUUGAACAGGUUUUUGUGGAUGCUGCUCAUUCCCUUGGGUGUACUGAUGUUGACAUGCAGGAGAUUGGUGCUGAUUACUACACUAGUAAUUUGCAUAAGUGGUUUUUUUGUCCGCCUUCGGUUGCGUUUCUGUACUCUAAGAAAAACCAUAACACUGGUGGUGCUGGUGAUUUGCAUCAUCCUGUGGUGUCUCAUGAGUAUGGAAAUGGGCUGGCUGUGGAAAGUUCUUGGAUUGGGACAAGGGAUUAUAGUUCUCAGUUGGUGGUUCCUGAUAUUAUAGAAUUUGUGAAUAGGUUUGAAGGUGGUAUUGAAGGGAUUAAGAAGAGGAAUCAUGAAGCUGUUGUUAAGAUGGGAGAGAUGCUGGCUGAGGCUUGGGGAACUCAUCUUGGGAGUCCUCCAUAUAUGUGUGGUAGCAUGAUUAUGGUUGGUCUGCCUACAUGUUUGGGGAUUCAUAGUGAUUCUGAUGCUCUGAAGUUAAGGACACAUUUCAGGGAUGUUUUUGCAGUUGAAGUUCCUAUAUACUAUAGACCACCUAGAGAUGGAGAAGUGGAGCCUGUGACAGGGUAUGCUCGGAUUUCUCAUCAUGUUUACAACAAAGUCGAGGAUUAUUACAAGUUUAGGGAUGCUGUUAACCAACUCGUGGAGAAUGGAUUUGCUUGUACUCAUCUUUCCAACUGAAUAGGUUAGAAGUGUAGCGUAAGUGUGUCUUAGAAGUGUGGCGUAAGUGUGUCUUAGAAGUGUGGCGUAAGUGUGUCUUUCUGAUGAAUAAAAGCAAUGGAUGUUGUAAUUGCUGCUAGCUUUCUUGCAAGCUUUGGUAGUUGUGAUGGUUUCGGUGGUCGGUUCGGUACCAUAGACUGCAUGUUUUGCAGGUAAACUUCAGCAAUCAUCCAUGUUAGAUUUGCUGAGUAGAAACCCUUAGGGAGUGAGCAACUUAAUUAAAUAGUGAGAUCUAGGGAAUGAGCAACUUAAAUAGUGAGAUCUAGGGAGUGAGCAACUUCUUGUAAAUGUAAUGUGAUUCUCUCAUGGUGUAAUGAUUUUCACUGUCAUUUGAAGUUGCCAACUGCUUCUUCAGGUUUAAUAGUAUCAAGUUCUACCAUAAAUUUGAAGUUUGCCAUUUCU